AUGCGUUUGUCACUCGUACUAGGGGGGCUGUUGGCAGCUUCUGCCUACGCCGAUUCCAAGACCAAGAACGACUCCCAAGGCAAGAACAAGACGAUUGACUGCAGCGCCAAUGUGACCGUGUCUGGCGCAGACGAUGCCAAACUCGCCAGCUCAUGCUCAACAAUUGGAGGAUCGCUGAUCUUCUCGAAGACUCUCAACACUACUGUCAGCCUCGACAACGUCACAGCAAUCAAGGGCGGCGUCGAAUUCAAUCCGUGCAAGUACAGCACGUCCGAGACGGACCUCGCAGCGUGCCCCAAGGCACCUAGCUUCAACAUCUCGAUGCCCAAACUACAGACAAUCGGCGGCCAGGUUCUCGUCAAUUACGCCAACGGACUCAAAUCGCUGGACCUGCCGGAGCUCACGAGUGUGGGCCAGGUCUUCCGGCUCAACUACACAGUGAGCUUGACGUCGCUCAAUGUCACCAAGCUGGAGUACGUCGGCGCGCUGAGCAUCACCACACCUAUACUAGAGGACUUCGACAUCACGCGGCUCAAGGGAUUUACCAAGAACUACGCAAAUGGGGGGUGGAUCAACGUUGGAGAUGUGGGCAAGGUGUCGAACCUAGACGGCAUUCUCGCAUAUCCUCUCGAACCUGCCGUGGCCAAGACUGACCCGGCAUACAACCUCACACUGAACAUUAAGAACAUUCCAUUUGUACGGCAGUUGAACAUUGGCUGGAACAAGAUUGAUACUCUCGAUGUCGGCGGUAUAAACAUGGCCAUCACGCUCGGUGCGCUGGAGAAGACGAGUGUCGAAAUCUCCAACUUCACGGUUCGCACCGGGGUCAAAUCCCUCCACAGACGUGAUCUGAACACCAAUCUCACCGUCAAAUCUGUGACGAUCAAGGGCGGCAACGACUUCGAGAGCCUGAACCUGCCAUUCACAUCCCUCACCAACUUGGACAUCCAGGCAUCCAAGCAUCUCGAGAGCAUCCAGCUGCCGGCCGAGGCCGCCAACUGGCUGGGCGCAAGCUUCACCAUAAAAGACUCUCCCAACCUGAUUCUCGACCAGGUCAAUACUGCCGACAGCAAGAUUACGUGGUACUGGCCAAAGAAGAUGAAGGCCUUGACCAUCUACGGCAACAUCACCACCGCCUUCUUUGAAAAGUUCGUCACCGACAACGUCCAGGUGGUCGUGCGUCUGGGGCAGCACGAUGAGCACGACGGCCGCCACGAGCCGCAUGGCGAUGCGCAGCCACUUGGGCAGGACGAGCCUCUCCUCCUCGUCGACGCGGUACAGCAUCCCGUACACCCACAGGCAGAACAUGCCUACGCCCAGCCCGCCGCCGAGUAG